AACCACUAGAGGGGAUAUCGGGGACUAAGCGAGAGAAGGCAGAGAAUGGCGAUCGAGGAAGCGUGGAGCUCGAGACUCUAGUCCUCGAGAAGGUAGAAGAAGUCUCCUCCGCGAUCUGCGCCGUCGACUCCCUCGUCGUUCGCAUUCUACCGGUCGAUUCCUCUGCUCUAUGCGUGCUUCUGAAGCUAUCACUCCUAGCUGUCAUCAUGGUGAGCUAUCUUGCUUGAAGACAUAAUUGAUAGAGGUAAAUCUGGGAAGAAGAUUUCCUGAUUGUAAGCAUUGUGGGGGUCCAUGACCUUCGUGUUGUGAGGUCGGAUGAGUCUCAUAAAACGAUCAAACGAUCGAACUCGGUGUUGACCGGAUUGGAUCGAGCGGUCUAGCAUUGGCCCAUUUCAAAUCCCAAUCUUGAUUACGUUUCACUAUUCGAUCGGACGAUCGAACUCGGUCUUGACCAGAUUGGAUCGAGCGGUCUAACAUUGGCCCGAUUCAAAUCCCAAUCUUGAUUUCGUUUCACUAUUCUAUCGGACGAUCGAGCUCGGUCUUGACGGGAUUGGAUCGAGCGGUCUAGCACGGGUCCGGUUCAGAUCCCAAUACCAAUCCCAAUCGCAAUCCCAAUCGUGGGCCUGGGUUCGGUCGGUCUUUAGACAUUGAUGCGCCGAAGUCUACACCACCAAUACUGUUUCAGUUCCUCGAAGCUCAUUCCAUCUAUGCCGAUCUCCAAUUCCCUUUGUCCAAACCCUAUAAGAUGACUUGCUUUACCGUCUUCCCGUUCCCCCUCUGCCACACUGCUCCCUUCCACUGCCUUCUUCCUCCUCCCACUUUCUAAGGCUUCUACGACGACUAAAGAGAAGGAAAAUAAUCGCACAUUCCCCCCUCUGAGACAUGGGGUUUGGUCCUCCGAGAUGUCUCUCCUUACUCUAGACCAGUUCCUGGCCCGAUCCCCUUUCCUUGGUUCUUCCGCAGUUGGAGGAAACAUCGGCGAAGACGGGGCCGUGGUGGCGGUGACGGAGCAGGCGACGAAGAGCAUGUACUUGGCCGAGAAGCCCCGGAGCGUCGAUUUCUACGACACUAGCGGAUUGCCGCCGCAACAACAGCAGCAGCAGCAGCAUCCGCAGCAGCAGAUGCAUUUGGCGGAGAGCAGUGGCGACGACCAUGAGGUCAAGGCUCCCAAGAAGCGCGCGGAGACGUGGGCCCAGGAGGAGACGAGGAGCCUCAUAUCGUUCCGGCGGGAGAUCGAUGGGCUCUUUAACACCUCCAAGUCGAACAAGCACCUGUGGGAGCAGAUCUCUGCGAAGAUGCGGGAGAAAGGGUUCGACCGGUCCCCGACCAUGUGCACGGAUAAGUGGAGGAACUUGCUGAAGGAGUUCAAGAAGGCGAAGCACCAGUCGAAGGGAAGCGGGUUGGGUAAGAUGUCGUACUAUAAGGAGCUCGACGAAUUGCUUAAAGAGAGGAACAAGAAACCCGGCUUCAAGAGUCCUGUAGCGCCAAAGAUCGACACCUUCCUGCACUUUUCUGAUAAAGGCCUUGAAGAUGCAAAUACUCCAUUUGGGUCUGUUGAAGCAAGUGGUAGGUCACCUCUCAACCUCGACAGACCUAUGGAGCAUGAUAGACAUCCACUUGCUAUAACAGCCGUUGAUGCAGUUGCAGCUAAUAGUGUACCUCCUUGGAAUUGGAGAGAUGCUUCUGUGAAUGAUAAUAAUGCCUCAUAUGGUGGAAGGGUUAUUCUAGUUAAAUGGGAGGAUUACUCUAGAAGGAUUGGUAUUGAUGGCACCGCAGAGGCAAUCAAGGAGGCUAUCAAGUCAGCAUUUGGUUUAAGAACCAAAAGGGCAUUUUGGCUUGAGGACGAAGAUAAUGUGGUUCGCAGCCUUGAUCGGGACAUGCCUUUGGGUUCCUAUACUCUUCAUCUCGAUGAGGGGAUAACAAUAAAAGCCUGCACAUACGAUGACACUGACCGCAUGCCAGUUCGAACCGAAGAGAAGACACUUUACACAGAAGAUGAUCUCCGUGAUUUCCUUUCUCGCCGUGGUUGGGUUGGCCUCAGAGAGUUAAGCGGCUUUAAAAAUGUCGACACUUUGGAUGAUCUUCGUUCUGGUGCUAUGUACCAGGGGGUAAGAUCGUUGAUCGAUUAGCAAGUUCUGAUGUAUGACUGGUUGAAGAACAAGAAAACCACCAUUAUAAUGAGUUAAAUAUUACUUUUAUGUUUGGCAUUACUCCAAUCAUACUGAGAAUUAAGUUCUACAUAUACUGUAAGUCAUGAUGUGGUUGCAGUGCAAUCAAAUCAUGAGCAUCUGAGUAAAUGAUUACUUGGUAAUUUCUAUUGUA